AUGGGAGAAAUUUUUGAUUCUGUUCUAGAUGUCAAUGCUAAAACACUUCAUUGGAAUUUUAAAGUAUAUGUCAUAAGAAUCUGGGAGGUUCCUAGCAAGUUUAAUAACAAUGAAGUUAAUAGUAUUGAAAUGGUGCUUCAAGAUAACAAGGGUGGGAGAAUCCACGCUUCCAUUCCAAGGGCAGUUGCUAAUAGAAAAUGGAGGGGUGUCAUUGAGGCUUUUCAGAUGUACAUUAUGUCAAAUUUUGUGGUAUUGAAAAACACUACCAAGACCAAGACAUACCCUAGCCAGUGGUUACUCAUGUUCUCACACAGGACACGUGUUAAUCACGUGGAAAAUCCUUCUUUCCCACUUGAAGCUUUCCAUUUCAAGACCAUUCCUGACUUGGUCACUGCACAGAAGAUCGAUGAGAACGAUAUUGUUGAUCUCAUUGCCGAGGUUGUUGGAAAGGCCGAUCAUAGGGACUUAGUCACCAGCAAGGGAAUGGAGACAAAACGUUUGGUUUUAGAACUAAAAGAUUUAGAGAACAACCGUAUUCACUGCAUUUUGUUUGGUGAAAUGGUUGACCAAAUCUUACCACAUCUUCAACAUGAGAGGGUAGAGCCACUCAUUGUGGUGUUUCAGCUAUUUAAGGCUCAUAGGUGGAAUGGCCAAACAUCUAUUCAGAGCAACUUCAACGUGUCAAAGCUGCACAUUAACCCAGAAUUAAAAGAAGUGGUUUUGUUUAGAGACAGGUUGCUAAGUGGUGCAUCAUCAAACUCUGUGAGGAUUAGUCAAAUGUCUUCACAAGGUGCUUCCUCCGGUAUUGAUGAGCUUACCGUAGGAUCUGCUAUUGUCAAAUCAAUCGAUGAAGUGCUAACAAGUACUGAGGAAGGCACAGUUUGGAUUGUUGGAACCAUUGUUUCAAUAAAUGCGGGCAAAGAAGAUUGGUUUUACAAGUCAUGUCGCAAGUGUCCAAAGAAGGUUGAAACUCCAAUUGGUAAUAGAUAUGAAUGUACUAAAUGUGGUCACACACAUGGGUGUGCAGCCUUGAGGUACAAGGUGGAGAUUAUGGUUCAUGAUGGAACAGGGAGUAUCAACUUGCUGUUGUGGGACAGAGAAACCUUUCAACUAUGUGGAAAACAAGCGGAAAAAGUUAAGGAGGAAGAGGUCACAAGUGGAGAUAAAUAUCCAGCCACACUUGACAAUAUGAUGGAUAAGAGGGUUUUUUUUAAGAUUAAUGUGAAAGCUGCAAAUAUCAACCACUAUGAUCAACUCUUUACUAUUAUGAAGAUCUGUGAUGAUUAUGAAAUUAUUGAGAAGAACAUCCCAGUAAUUGACACAACCAACCCCGCUAACAAUGUUGAGGACAAUGGAUGCAGCAACUCGCUGGAUUUUUCGGAGAAUGUUGUUAAUCUCAACACUGAUAAUGAUACUCAGCGUACAAUGGAUGGUAUGGAAGAGUGUAUAUCCAACCUCAAGUACAAAACUCCAGCUAAGAGAGCUUGCAGCGAAAUGAAGCCAGCCUCUAAUGGGCUUAACCACAUUGAGAAAGAAGGACAAUUGUCAACAAAUAAGUUCAGCAGAAAAGAUUCCAAGAAGCAAAAGUCACUAAUGAAUGAAGUGGAUAACUGA